AUGCCCGGGUCUGAGAAAGAGGCCGUGGAGCGCGAACUUCGAGUGUUACAAAGGGCGAAGACCAUCGCGAUGCUAAAUCGCGAAAGCACAUUGAAUCGUAUGAGGGCCAUAGCCGACGUGGCGUCUCGACUCAAGGAGGAACCCGAGUUGAAGCCCAAACUGUUAACGGCCGCCCGUGAUUUAGAUUCUCUAUGGGAUACAUUCAUGCAACAUAAUGAGGCCGUUUUGAAUGCGUUACUAGAUUUAGACUUGGCCUCAGAAUACUCCACCACGCUGGAAACGGAGGUUCGUACGUUGUACUUUGAUGCCCGUGCUAUAGUGGAAGAAUUUGCCCCCUUGCCCAUCGAGAGGGCCUUGUCACAUGGUACCGGUCACUUAUCGGGAUCACGCCAUUCCCUCCUGUCAGGUCGUCCUUCACGGCGUUCUCGGCUCCCAGAAAUUCCACUGCCGUCCUUUAGCGGCGAGUUAUGUGGCUGGCCGGCGUUUCGCGACCGCUUUACAGAUCUAGUCGUGCUAGAUGAGGAGUUAACGGAUAGCGACCGCUUCUAUUAUUUGCUCGGUUGUCUCCGUGGCGACGCGUUGAGUGCCAUUAGCUCCAUAUCGGUAUCUGAUGGAACAUACGAUCUCGCUUGGGCCACGCUGGUCGAGCGGUUUGAUAAACCGAGGCAGUUGGCUUCUUUGAUUAUCGAUAAACUAAUGUCAGCUCCGAUACAGUCCCAGGAGUCCCUGAGCGGGCUGAAAGAAUUUCUUGCGCUAUUCUCUGACCAGGUGGCGAUGUUACACACACUGCGUAUUCCAAACCUUGGUGAAUUUAUAUUAUUCUCUCUGGCUUCCCGCUGCUUGCCGUAUUCCACUAGGAAGGAUUUCGAAGCCGCAAACAAACAGAAUUUUCCUUCUAUUUUGGACAUGGUUGGGUACAUCAAAGACCGCGUGAGCCUGUUAGAGGCCGUGAACUUUUCGAAGGGCUCGAGCGGCGCUCCACCAACUCAGGACCGUGCAAAGUCCGUGCCGCCACACUCUGCUGGCUGGAAACCAAAGGUCGUGAUGAUUGCUUCAAAAUCGAUAGGUACUGCCCCUCCAAAAUGUCUUUUCUGUUCGGGCGAACACGUCACUACAUCUUGCAACGCAUUUACCAAAAUGUCAGUCAAUGACCGUGUUACGGCUGCACGUGAUAAACGACUGUGUUUCCGGUGUCUCAUCUCCACCCAUUGGUCCACAAAAUGCAGAGUAUCCAAGCCGUGUUCCCGGUGCCAUGGUCGCCACCAUACCCUACUUCAUAAGGACAACGAUGCAGAGGCACAACCUAUCGCCUCGACAAGUGCCUGCCACGUCAGCUCAUCGAAACAGCCUGCCGCAUUGUUGGGGACUGCGGUAGUUCACGUGCGUGAUCGGUAUGGAUGCAUGCAACCGGUACGUGCCUUAAUCGAUUCAGGGUCUCAGAUAAGCAUCAUGUCAGUUCCAUGUGUCGAACGGUUGGGGUUGAAGUGUAAUAAGUGGACUGCCCCCUUGACAGGCGUGUCCGGUGCAGCAGUUCUACAGGUAAAAGGUCGAGUUGACUGCUUCAUUACGCCCAGGUAUAACGACGAGCAUUCUAUCAAGCUACAGGCUUGGGUCCUACCCAAGAUCACCAGCGACAUGCCAGCACAACCGUUGCCGCCGCAACUGGUGAACAAGUUUUCCCACUUGGCGUUAGCUGACCCGCAGUUUGAUUGCACCGCUCCAAUUGAGUUAUUAUUAGGAGCUGACGUAUUUUCCCGAGUGAUGGAUGGGAAACGCGUUCUAUUGGAUCCCUCGUUACCAGCGGCCUAUGGAUCGAUCUUUGGGUGGAUCGUUAUCGGUCCUGUUCCCGAGGUGGCACCUGAUACUUAUCGGUCUCACAUUGCUGUCACCCUUUCCGUGUCACUUGAGGAUAUGGUCCAUCGUUUCUGGCAAGUGGAAGAACCCGAUACAGCUCCGGCCACGUUCCAUGACGAGGGCCAAUGCGAAGCGGUCUAUAGCGCCGAGCGGUAUCGUGACACCAAUGGACGAUAUGUAGUUCCUUUGCCGUUCAAGCCCCUCCAUCGCGACGAGUUAUUCCCUGGGUCUCGUCAAAUCGCCAUACGCCGCUUCCAGAACCUGGAACGGAAGCUCCAGGCCAACGAAGGACUUUACGCCGCGUACAAAGAGUUCAUGUCAGAUUACGAAUCUUUGGGACACAUGACUAUCGCUGAUGAAGUCGGGACGUACUACAUACCCCACCACCCGGUCUUUAAUGCGGCACGUAAAAUACGAGUGGUAUUUGACGCCUCCGCCAAGGCCAGCUCGCACCUAUCGCUGAACCAAUGCUUGCACACCGGGCCGAAGUUGCAGCUAGAUAUUCUGGAGAUCCUUACUCGUUUCCGUCUUCAUAAAUACGUUUUCACCGCCGACGUGUGUAAAAUGUACCGGCAAAUCCUCAUGCGCCCGGAAUACCGGUGCUUCCAACACAUCUUUUGGCGGUCGUCACCAGUGGAGGAGUUAAAAGAAUAUCAGCUCAACACCGUCACGUAUGGAGUCAAUUACGCCCCUUUCUUGGCGUUACGUAUACUGAAGGACAUCGCUGAUAACGAGUGCAAUGGGUUUCCAGAAGUCCAGGAUGGACUAAGGUAUCAGACCUACGUCGACGACAUUUGUCUCGGAGCCGACACCGAGGAACUAUUAUCAAAGCUGCAGUCGGAGUUAAAAGCUGUUUUGGGACGUUCCGCACUUGAGCUGAAAAAGUGGUCGAGCAAUUCGCGCCGCGUACUCUUGGACGUUGCGGCAGCUGAUCGCGUUUCAGACGUGAUCAACUUCGACGAUAAAGAAGGAGGUACGAUCAAGGUGUUAGGUCUCCGCUGGGAGCCAGUCAAGGACGUUUUUGGUUUUGAUGUACGUCCGGUCACCAAGGUGAUCACUAAACGAUCGGUGUUGUCCACUAUUGCCACAAUCUUUGACCCGAUCGGAUUCCUGGCUCCGGUGAUCUUUCAUGCAAAACACAUUAUGCAGCUGAUCUGGAAGGCUGAACUGGGAUGGGAUGAUCCGUUACCAGACGACCUAAUCAGGACCUGGAAACUGUUACUCAAUGACCUCCCAGUAUUAUCAAAAGUCGAGAUUCCUCGCUUUCUGUCGACAACCAUUACUUCCGACGUGCAGUUAUGCGGGUUCUGCGAUGCCUCGGAGCACGGGUAUGCUGCGGUAGCAUAUUUGCGAGUAACGUCGUCUCCAGGACUGGUCACUACACAUCUCCUCGGUUCUAAAACCAAAAUGUCCCCCAUGAAGACCAGCACUAUCCCAAGAUUGGAGUUAUGUGCGGCCGUCCUCCUGGCCCGUUGGUUGACUCGCCUCCUAACAAUCUUUGGUGAUCGACUCCGCUUCAACGGGAUCUUUGCAUGGUCGGACUCCCAGAUAGUGUUGUCAUGGUUGGUUAACCCUCACACGUGCUUCAAGGUGUUUGUCUCGAACCGGGUGCACUUGGUCCGUCAACUGGUGCCGUCCUGCCGAUGGGGUUACGUCCGGUCAUCCGAGAACCCGGCGGAUUGCGCCUCCAGAGGGUUAUUGCCGUCAGACUUGGUUAAGCAUUUACUAUAUUGGUCGGGUCCUGCUUUCCUCAAGGACAAUGUUGACACUUGGGACAUGUCGGUCUCGGCAGUGCCGAUUGAACAGCUACCGGAAGCGAAGGUCACUUCGCUAUCGGUCCAAAUCGACCCUGAGGGGGAGUGGUUUAGUCGAUUCUCCUCAUAUCAUAACAUGGUCAGAGUGGUUGCCUGGAUGCGUCGCUUUGUAGGCAGAGCCCGAAAACAGAAAUACGCAUCAGAGUUUUUAAAUCGCGAGGAACUUGACGACUCGCUCAUCAUCUUAGUUAAACAAUCUCAAACUUGCUGGUUGUCCAAGCUCCACGUGGACUUAGCGCGCGGCCGUCCUGCCCAACGGUCAUUAGCCGGUUUGCGGCCCUUCAUCGAUACACGAGGCGUCAUCUGUGUCGGAGGUCGCUUGGCGCGUUCUGAUUUGACCAGUGCUGAAAAACAACCGAUUUUGUUGGCCAGGGAUUCCCACUUGUCCGUACUACUUGCGCGACACUGGCACUUGGUAACAUGUCACUCAGGACCUCGAGUAAUUACGUCAUUGAUCACACGACAAUUUUGGAUAAUAUCGGUGAGGGCUGUGAUUCGCCGCGUCAUCGGUCAAUGUACGAUCUGCGUGAGAACUCUCGCCCAAAGUCCUCACCCGGUGAUGACAGACUUACCAAGCUCUCGCGUCCAGAUGUGUCGUCCGUUCACCCGGGUUGGCAUUGACUACGCCGGGCCACUGUCCAUGCGUGAGUGUCGUUUGCGUAAGGCCCGACAGUAUAAAAUUUACGUGGCGGUGUUUGUGUGUAUGUCGACUAAGGCCGUACAUUUAGAAGUCGUGUCCGAGUUGUCCACUAAUGCGUUCCUGGCAGCCUUCGACAGAUUUGUCGCACGUCGGGGCUUACCUCAUGAUAUAUUUUCCGACUGUGGCACCAAUUUCGUGGGAGCGGCAAAGUAUCUCCGCGCCUUGGUUAACGACCCGACUAUCCGCCACGUACUAACUUCUCAUGUAUCGUGUGUUUGGCACUUCAAUCCACCCAGUGCACCGCACUUUGGUGGCCUUUGGGAGGCCGCAGUACGAUCAUUCAAAACCCUGUUGACACGACUCGUCGGUAUCCAUACCCUCAGUUGGGAAGAAAUGACCACCGUGUUGUGCCGCAUCGAGGCAGUGCUGAAUUCUCGGCCGUUAACUCCAAUGUCGUCAUCCCCAAUGGAUGUGGACUAUCUAACACCGGGACACUUCUUAAUUGGCCAACCGUUGUUGGCAGUUCCAGACCCGCCAAUACCUGAAAGUUGCACUAGGGUAGUAAACAGGUGGAAGUUAUUGCACCAGUGUCAUCAGUCCUUUUGGCGCCGGUGGUCUACCGAGUAUCUGUGUUCCCUUCAAGUCCGUGCCAAGUGGACAGCUGAUGUGCCUAACUUGCAAUGUGGUGACAUGGUAGUAAUCAAAGAUUCAAGUCCCCCCAUGUCUUGGCGAUUAGGCCGCAUUAUAGACGUGACGCCUGGUAAUGACGGUGUAGCCCGGGUAGUAAAAGUGAACACGGCUACGGGGGAGCUCACCAGACCAGUAGUUAAAUUAGUAAAAUUACCUAUGGACCAGUAG